AUGGUUGUUGACUGUGAUGUUAUGGCUGAAAUGGGCCAUUCUACAAAUCUUCGAAUUUCACUAUUGUUGAACUUGACGAUUGCAAUAAUCUCGAUUCCAAUUUAUAUUUAUGCAUUUUUAUAUUUGAGUAGUCGUCAAUUAUUUCAUAAAAACACAAGAAUCCAAAUCCAAGUUCAUAUUUUUGGAUUGAUUAUGCAUUCUUGUGGAAGGUAA